AUGGCGGCCAGAUUACAGAGACCGGCUAUCAACCGCAUCAACUCCGGAAAUGCCACUCGUGCCGACUUCAAGGUGGGAGGCCCAAAUUUGGCCGUCCCUGCCAAGCACUUGAUGGCCCCUUCGUCUGCCAAUGAGACCGCCUCUGCUUUUGAAUUGGCCAGACAUCACAUCGACGACCACAGCACCUCAGAGCCGCCCACUCCCCCGGACACCAGAGUCACUGACUCCUACGCCUACGCGUUUGAUAUUGAUGGUGUCUUGAUCCGGGGCGGUAGACCCAUUCCUGAGGCCAUUCAAGCUAUGAAGGUUCUCAACGGCGACAAUGAGUAUGGCAUCAAAGUUCCCUACAUCUUUGUUACCAAUGGUGGUGGCAAGUCCGAGCAGGAGCGUUGCAUCGACCUCAGCAAGCAGCUCGACAUUGAGGUUUCGCCCGGUCAAUUCAUUUGCGGCCAUACCCCUAUGCAGGAGAUGGCCGAGAAAUUCGGCACUGUCCUUGUUGUCGGUGGUGAGGGUGAGAAAUGUCGUAUCGUCGCUGAGAGCUACGGCUUCAAAGACGUGGUCACUCCAGGCGACAUCAUCAAGACCAAUGAGGACACGACUCCUUUCCGUAAACUUACCGAUGAAGAGAAGGCCAACUCUCGCGUACGCGACUUCAACACGAUGAGAAUCGAAGCCAUUUUCGUCUUCGCAGACAGCCGCGACUGGGCUGGCGACCAGCAAAUCAUUCUUGACGUCCUCAUGUCCGAGAAUGGCCGCUUGGGCACCGUCUCCAAGACCUUUGACGAGGGCCCGCCCAUCUUCUUCUCUCACAACGAUGUCGUCUGGUCCGCUUCGCACGAGCUGAACCGUCUUGGCAUGGGCGCUCUGCGCUGCUCGCUCGAGGCCAUGUUCAAGGCCGUCACCGGCAAGGAGCUCAAGACCACUGCCUUUGGCAAACCUCAGAUUGGCACCUUCCAAUUCGCUACCCGUCUCCUUCAGCGCUGGCGCAAGGACACCCACGGCAUAGACUCCCCCGUCGAGACGGUUUACUUUGUUGGCGAUACGCCCGAGUCUGACAUUCGUGGCACCAAUGAGUACAACAAGACUACCGGUAUGAACUGGUACUCCAUUCUCGUCCGUACUGGUGUCUACCAGACUGGCACUCAGCCUCGCUUCCAGCCCCGUCACAUUGCCGACAACGUCCUUGAGGCCGUCAAGCACGGUAUGCACCUCGAGUACAUGAAAAAGCUCCAGGUUGAGCAGAACCGUCUCAACGACAAGGCAAUCGAGCAGGGCAACCUUGACUACGCUAAGCCCGAGUCGGAACAAAAGGUUCUCUAA